AUGAAGUAUGUCGUCAAAGCCGACUUUCCCUAUGAGUGGUACUGGCAGGGCAAGCCUCUUCGAGCAGGCUAUAACCGGGGUGAGCACAUUAUGCCUCAACCUGUCGGGAUUGCCCCACGACGUGCGCCCCGAGAUCCUUCUCCUGCCGCUAGACACACCUGUCCCCGAUGUGGGCGCGAGUAUGAGCAGCCCAGACCUCCAACACCCAGCACCAGUGGGGACACUGAACGCAAUACGGUUCGCUUAACUCCAUUCUGUGGCUGCUUCAUCGAGGAACGAGAGCCUCCGCCAGUGAGAAGAUGUACCUGCAUACAUUGCAGGACUGCCACCACGACUGCUACCGUCCACCAUGCCAUUGUGCCACCGACGCAAGCUACCAGGACAGUGACUGCAGCUCCUCCUCCUGCUCCAGCAAACUGCCACCCUGACUGCCCUGCGGCCGGCCCACGUAUGGUAUAUUGCCUAUACUGUCAGGAAUAUCACCAUGUAUGUCAACACACCGCUGUUCCUAUUCCUGGAGCCCAGCAUCAGGCUGAGGCUCCAGCCCCAACCCCUCGCGCUAGACCCCAGCAGCCCCAGCCGAGAUGCCAGUGCCCGCAAUGUGUGGCUGCAGCUGCAGCUGCGGCCGCGGCAGAGGCAGAGGCAGAGGCUCGACACCAUGUUCAUCGUCAUUUAGAUGAUCGUCGCUUCGAGAAUUAUAUCUCUCCUAACGUGACUGAUGAUACUGCUUCGGUGUCCUCGGUGGAUAUAGGCCCCAGGAGUGAUAGGGGUGUGGAAGAGGUUCGGAAUGGACACCUUGUUCUCGCUAUUCCUGUGGAAUUUACCGAGUGA